AUGAAACCUUCUUUCUUCCUCAAUGCCAUCGCACUGGCUGGUGCUUUCUCUGGUGUCUCAUCGUUGCUCGGAGAUGAUCAUAUAUCUGUUGAGCAGCGCUCUCUUCCCAAUGCCCCGGAUGGCUAUACUCCUACCGAAGUCGAAUGCCCAUCCAGCCGCCCCAGUGUUCGAAGUGCAGCAAAGCUCUCAUCCCACGAAACAGAAUGGCUCACCCAGCGUCGGAAGAAAACCUUUGACGCCAUGAAAGACUUUUUCGGCCACGUCCAGAUCAAAGAAUUCGACGCACUGUCCUAUCUCGAAAAGGCCGGGCAUGAUAUGGAUAAUGUGCCAAACGUCGGCAUUGCUGUUUCCGGUGGAGGAUACCGCGCUUUGAUGAAUGGCGCCGGUGGACUCAAAGCGUUUGACAGUAGGACUGAUAACUCUACUUCGUCCGGGCAUCUCGGAGGUUUGCUUCAAUCUGCGACUUAUUUGUCUGGUCUCAGUGGUGGGGGCUGGCUACUGGGCUCUCUCUACAUGAACAAUUUCACCACUGUUUCUUCCCUACAGAGGGAUAAGGAGGGUGCUCCCUGGCAGCUUGAGCAUUCAAUUCUAAAAGGACCCGAUGGCAGUGGCCCGCUCAUGACGUCUACUUUGAAGUAUCUGGAACAGAUUCGAGAUGCUGUGAAGGAAAAGGAGAAAGCUGGUUAUCCGACUACUAUCACUGACUAUUGGGGUCGCGCGCUCGCAUACCAGCUUAUCCACGCAUCCGAAGGAGGCAUCGACUUCACUUGGUCUUCGAUCGGCAAGUCACACAAUUUCCAGGAAGCCAAUAUGCCCAUGCCUAUCCUUGUUGCUGACGGCCGUAAUCCCGGAGAGCUCCAUGUUGGCGGCAACGCCACUGUAUACGAAUUCAACCCUUGGGAGUUCGGCACGUUUGAUCCCACUCUCUUCGGAUUUGUGUCAUUGGAGUAUCUGGGAUCGCGAUACAUCGGUGGCAAGCUACCGAGCAAAGAAAAAUGUGUUCGGGGUUAUGAUAAUGCGGGAUUCAUCAUGGGGACUUCUUCCAGCCUGUUCAACCAGUUUCUGCUCCAAAUUAAUUCCACGGAUAUACCGGAGGCAGCCAGGGGUAUUUUAACGGGCAUCCUGGAGCUGGUUGACGAUGAAGAAAAGGAUAUUGCCAACUACACCAACCCAUUCUACCUCUAUCCCGAGUCGAAGUCCCAUUACGCCAAGUCAGAAUUCCUCGCCGUGGUAGAUGGGGGUGAAGAUCUGCAGAACCUCCCUUUGCAUCCACUCAUCCAGCCUGAGCGCCACGUUGACGUGAUUUUUGCUGUGGACUCAUCGGCCGAUAACAACAAUUGGCCCGACGGAACUUCGCUUGUGGCCACUUACGAGCGAAGCCUGAAUCAGAAGAUUAACAACGGCACUGCAUUCCCCGCGAUUCCCGAUCAAAACACGUUUAUUAAUCUUGGCCUCAACACACAUCCGACCUUCUUUGGUUGCAACAGUUCCAACAUCACCGCUGGAGACGCGCCUUUGAUCGUCUACCUUCCCAACUCUCCUUAUAUGACCCACUCUAAUGUUUCUACGUUCGACCGGAAGUAUAGCAACACCCAACGGGAUGCCAUCAUCAUGAAUGGGUACAAUGUCGCUACCAUGGGAAAUUCGACUCGGGACUCGGAUUGGUCAACAUGCGUUGGAUGCGCCGUGUUAAGCCGUUCUUUUGAGCGCACGAAUACAUCGGUGCCCAGCAUCUGUGGUCAGUGUUUUAAUCGCUACUGCUGGAAUGGUACGACAGACAGCCGCAAGCCGGGUUCUUACAACCCGGAAAUGGUCCUCAAAGAAGAGGAUAUCACUAACUCUGGUUCUGGGCUCAGCUACCCUUCUCAGUGGUUAUCGACCAUGUUGAUGGCCAUGGUUAAUGGAGCAAAUAAGCCCAUGGCCCAUUUUCGCAGCGAUAUAAACUCUAUCAAGGCCAGCGACAAUGCCACUCCCGUGCCCUCUGAGGAACAAGAUCAGCCAGAUCUCAUCUCAGCGGGAUCGCAGCACCUGCAACGCCGAUUGAGAGGUCGAGAGGUCCAGCUGUUCGCGGUUGGGGGAGCUAUAGGUACAUCCCUGUUCGUGCAGAUGGCUGCCGUUCUGCCCAAGGCUGGACCAGCGGGCUUGUUCCUCGGGUUUGUCGCCUACGCGAGUAUUAUUUUGAGUGUGAAUCAAUGCUUCGCGGAAAUGGUUUGCUACCUUCCGGUCCCCUCGCCUUUUGUCCGAUUAGCAAGUCAUUGGGUGGAUGAUGCCUUGAGUUUUGCGAUGGGAUGGAACUUUUUUCUCAAUCUCGCAUUGGGAAUUCCGUAUGAGAUUGUCGCAAUCAAUGUCCUGCUGACAUACUGGACUGACAAUGUCCCGGUGGCUGCUGUGGUAGUAGCAUGUAUUGUUCUAUAUGCGUUCCUCAAUAUCCUAACUGUGAGAUACUUUGGCAUAUCCGAGUUCUAUUUAUCAAUUUUGAAGAUAAUUCUCAUGCUAGGCUUGAUGAUGUACACCUUCGUCACCAUGAUCGGCGGUAACUCGAGGCACGAUGUAUAUGGAUUUCGAUAUUGGCGGAACCCGGGCGCAUUUGUUUCGUAUCUUGUCCCAGGAGAUACUGGACGCUUCUGUGGAAUUCUGGCUAGCAUGGUGCAAGCAUCGUUCACCAUGGUCGGACCUGAGUACAUCUCGAUGGCAGCCGCAGAGGCCGAGCGACCUCGAACCGUCAUGAAAAAGGCAUAUUCCGCGUUUGUCUGGCGAUUGAUGUUCUUCUUCAUCGGCGGCGCUCUCUGCAUGGGUAUUGUUCUUCCAUACGACGAUCCCGUGCUUGCCGCAACCCUAGAUGGCACCCGAGAGGGCAGUGGUACUGGAGCAGCGUCCCCCUACGUCAUCUCCAUGAACCACUUCAACAUCCACGGCCUCCCCUCCCUCGUCAACGCCCUCAUCAUGACCUCCGUCUUCUCCGCCGGGAACAACCUCGUGUUCUCCGGCGCCCGCAUUCUCCUCGGCAUGGCCAUCGAAGGCCAAGCCCCGGCCUUCCUGGCCCGCUGUAGCCGCGCCGGGCUCCCCUACUACGCCGUCGCCUGCACAAUGGCCUUCUCGGCCCUCGGGUUCCUCCAAGUGAGCAACAGCUCCGCCACCGUCCUUAACUGGCUCGUCAGCAUCAUCACCGCCUGCUACCUACUCAACUACUUCGGCACGUGUAUCACCUAUUUGAAUUAUACCAUGAUUGGGUUCUUUGUGGUGGCGUUUGUGUUCUAG